UUCUAAUGUAACUUAGCAACUUGAGGGUUGGGCAAAGAACUCUGCAACACAGAUAUGUUUUGACAACAGACACCCUUCUCCAGCAAACAUGGACAGUAAUUAAAUAACGUAUGUGCAAAGUGUUUUUAAAAUGGCAGACCCGGUGGUUGACCAAAUGACAAGGCUCAGAUUGAAAAUGUUGGAAAAGAGACUGGAGAAUGAGAGAAAUGACAACAUUGAACGAGAAGGUUCAGCGUUUUCCACAAGAAGUUACGAUGGGCAAGCAGGUGCAUUACACAGCGCUCUGAGACGGAAAAGAAACCUCCUGCAGAGACUGAGGGAACAGCAUAUGUUGGAGGAUAUGGGAAGACCUCACACAUGGGGUGGAUCUCAUAGGCAAUAUAAUUAUCAACCUCUUCUUGGGCCACUCCAACCCGUGCCUCCAAUCCAUAUCCACCAAACUGCGCCCCCUGCACCUCCACCUGCUCCUCUCCUUCCUCCUGCUCCUCAGCCCCCUCAAAUCAUUCAACACCCCGUUCCUCAGCAGCCAGCCACCAUUAUCCAGCAGUUACCACAGCAGCAGCCUCUCAUAGCACAAAUCCCACCUCCACAAACCUUUCCCUACAGAUCAGGAAGUAUUAAAGAAGACAUGGUGGAGUUGAUGCUAAUGCAGAAUGCACAGAUGCACCAGAUCAUCAUGCACAAUAUGAUGCUGAAGGCUCUCCCGCCAGUGGCCAUGUACCCAGGAGGAAACAACGGUCAAAUCACACCUCUAGGGCAUUCAGGGCAGGACCUUCAGCAUUCAGCGAUGAGAGGAGGGGUUGUCCAUCAUCACCAUCACUAUGGCUCCCAUGCACCACCUCUUCCUCCAAUUGGCUACUCUUUUUGGCCCUCUUUGAUGCCAGCAGGGCAAGCCGGGACCCGUCAGCCAAUGGUGCAGCCUGUGAUUGGUUCUGUCAAUCUGCCCCCCGUAAACACAAUGGAAAUUGAUGCGGUGAACUCCAGGACACCACUUGGACUCUGAGACAAAUUGCCAAUGGCAGUCGGACUCCUCUUCAUCUUCAAAGACAGAUGAUACGUUAAAAUGGAUGUCUGACAUUAAUUCAACACCCUUCAAUACAGUUACAUAAUUUUGUUAUUUAUAGGGAUUUGUUGUUCUUUUUAAUUUUGUCGUAUUUACUGAAAAAUGAGUGCUUAGUUUAAUAAAAAAAAUGUUUUUAAAAAGUCGCAUGUGUAGUUGUAGCGGCUGUUUCGCCAUACACCAGGCUUUUAAAAAUUAACAUUACAUGCAGUGUAGUCACUUGUCAUGCUAUAUUUAAAUAGGCAGUACGUUGUGUAAUACUGUCUUGCGCAACAUAAAGCUUAAACUGAGAUUAUGUCAUGUCAAUACUGCUGUUUAAAAUACUUCACAUGCCUUUGCCGUGAAAACCUAUAGCAAACAUAGAACAUACCAUAAGCGCAAGCACACCCACUCGAUGUUUGUUCCACUUUGAGACACGUGAUCCUCAGUCGCGUAUCCGAUUAAUCCCCCCCAAAAUUGCGUGAAACCAAUCACUUUUUUACGAAAU